AUGGACCACAAGCAGAUCAUGUCCCACCACACCUUGCUCGACGCCUUGAUGGAUGAUCAGCUCGUGCAUGUAGCUUUGGAACAAGAUAGGUCUGCUAUGGACGAAAAGGCGAAGCGUAACAUGAAGCGGCUGUACAAUCACUACAUUCGAUCCUCGCCUCGCACAUUAGCGACCAGGUUCCAUCGCCUCGACGAACUCCAAGUACCCAAAGACUGGGAGGCCUACAUCGAUAAGCACGGAACGGACCCGACGUGGCUUGUCGAUGGCGAUGAAGACGCUGCGAGUCCCGCGUCGGCCCUGCUACACCGCGCGUCAGCGCUUGCGCGCAUGGAGUUGCGGCCGCAGUCCAGCUGUGCUAUAAAGAACUUCCACUAUCUCUUCUUCUACGACUUGGUCCGUCAGUUGCUACCCAAGGCCAAGCACACUCAAAAGGGUCUAGGACCGAAGCUUAUCGAGGGCCUAGAACAGAUCGUAAGGCAUCUGCAGAGCCCACUGGUGAAAGCUUCAGACUGGAACAUUGCGGCGAUCACAAGGUGGUACGACAUGGGUUUCGCGACGAACAUUCUAGCUACCAAGUUCGGCCCAGGAUACCUCUUUGUCUUGGAUGAACACAUAUCAGAAGACUUUCUACACAAGUUGCCAAAGUCGGGGGCCGUCUAUGAGGAGGUGAUUCGUCAGCUCGAGGAUCAUCUGGGCUUACCAGAUGUCCUUGAAGAGUCUAUUGGAGAGCUUGGCACUGCGCUGCGAGCACGCCUCAUGAAACCAUUCGAGGGUCUCAGUUUCGGACAAGUGCUGGCGAGUGUCGAAGGGGUGGGUAUGGCACAUGGCUAG